AAGAUGCAGUGGACCCCAGAGCACACACAAUGGGCAGAACAACACUUUGACAUCUCAUCCACUACCCGCUCGCCUGCACACAAAGUAGAGGCCUACCGGGGCCACUUACAACGAACAUACCAGUAUGCAUGGGCAAACGAUGACAUCUCUGCACUGACGGCUUCCAAUCUGCUUAAGAAAUAUGCAGAAAAGUACUCCGGGAUCCUAGAGGGCCCAAAUGAGAGAGCCCUGCUGUGUUCUUACUCUGAUAGCACCACUGGACUCAUGAAUGGACGAAAGUCAGAGAAUGAGUCCUGGCAGGAGGGGAUUUACCCAAUGAACUGUGCUCCAGAUGUUAUAUCUGUGAGCAAAGCUGGAAUGACAGCUGCCCUACCCCCUACAGAUGUGUCGGCUAGCAUAGGCAGCUCCCCGGGGGUGGCCAGCAGCUUGUCUGAGCCUAGCUAUUCCAGCAGUAACUGUGGGAGCCACACAGCCACUACUCUCCACUCGGGCCUCCCCUCUCAGGAAUAUACUGCCAGCUACAACGGCUCCUACCUGCAUUCUAGCUACAGUGGCCAGAGUACUCCAGCCCUCCCCUCCCCACACCCUUCUCCUUUGCACAGUGCUGGGCUCUUACAACCACCGCCUCCACCUCCUCCCCCUACCUUAGUGCCGAGCUACAAUGCUGGGUCUCCAAACCUUCCCAGCUACAAUUAUCCUCCAACAGGGUAUCCUUCUCAGACUGCUGUUGGCCCUGGUUAUAGCCCUGGGGGAGCACCCCCUGCUUCUGCUUAUCUGCCAUCCGGUAUCGCAGCUCCUACACCAAUCCCUCUUUCCACACUGCCUGGCUACACCUACCAGUCCCAUAACCAUACACCAAUUGCACCAACACCAUUGAAUGGAAGCUCAUCCAACUCAUUAAAACGAAAAGCUUUCUACAUGAGUGGACAUGAAGAUAUGGACUCUAGCUAUGGUAAUUUCAACUACAACCAACAGCGCUCCUCACAGAGCCCGAUGUACAGAAUAACAGACAGUGUCUUAGACUCAAACAGGGGCAGUGGCUUUGACAGAAAUGCAGAAUCAUCAUCUUUAGCAUUUAAGCCAACCAAGCAGCCAAUGUCUUCUGAUCAAGAAAGAAAGUUUAUUCUACACUCUGGCAGAGCACUAACUCCUCCAUCCUAUGGAUCAACCAAAAGCUCUGUGGGUGAUCUCAGAACCGAGCCCUACAGCAAGUUUGGAUCCCCCGUCAUGAGCGAACAAACUGAAGAGCACAGACAACACCUCUCUCACUCCCUAACAGGUCCUGACAUUGGUGCAGCUACCUCGUCCAUCCAUGCUGCAGAGGAACAACUGAAGAACAGUGACUCCAACCUGGUGGAGAUGGUGACCACAGAAAUCCUUCAGCAAGGCCCUCCAGUGGACUGGAGCGACAUUGUGGGUCUUGAUAUGGCCAAAGCAGCCAUUAAAGAGGAAAUAAUAUGGCCCAUUUUAAGGCCAGAUAUGUUUAGUGGACUUACCACAUUACCUCGGAGCCUCCUUUUAUUUGGACCUCAGGGAACUGGUAGAACACUGCUAGCUCACUGCAUGGCCAGCCAACUGGGGGCUGCCUUCUUGCAACUCAGCAGCUCAGCUCUGGUUACCAAGUGGCUAGGAGAAGGGGACAAGAUCAUUCAAGCUUCUUUUCUGGUGGCCCGGUGUCGCCAGCCAGCAGUUGUGUUCAUCAAAGAGGUGGACCUGCUGCUGUCAGACCAGCUAAGUGAGGAGAGUCCAUUGAAUCGCAUCAAGGCUGAGCUCCUCAUGCAGCUUGACAGUAUUCUGACCUCCACUGAGGACCAUGUCCUCGUGGUCUGCUCCACCAAUAAGCCUGAAGAUAUCCCAGAGUCCCUACGGAGGUACUUUGCCAAGCGACUGCUCAUCCCCUCGCCUGAUGGGACAGCACGACACCAGAUAAUCAGCCAACUGCUCUCACAGCACAACUACUGUCUUAGUGACAAAGAGAUGUCACUAGUGGUUCAGAGGACAGAGGGCUUUUCUGGACUGGAUGUGGCUCAGCUGUGUCAACAGGCUGUGGUAGGUCCUCUCCAUGGCAUUCCUGAUACUGACCUGUCAACCAUCCACCCCACUCUGAUGAGACCGGUCUCCUACCAAGACUUUGACAGUGUGUUUUGUAAAUUCCAGCCUAGCAUAUCACAAAAACAACUUGACAUGUACACUGAGUGGAAUAAAACAUUUGGUUGCAGUCAAUGA